AUGGCAGAAGGAAUUGGCGACCCGGUUCAACCUGUGGAUUGUGGUUGUGCCUGGCAACAACACCUUCACAUCACGGCUCGAGCCUUAGGAUUGUGCAAUCUCAAUCUCUAUCUCUCCUCUCACUCCAUGGGUGUCAGUCUAUCCGAGCUGUUCGCGCUGGGACCCGCGGCAACUCGACGCGAGCAGCGCGAAAAUGACUCCGAACUCGCACAGCCCGACGCGCUAUCCAAAAAGCGCAGAAUAAUUGAGAAUCUUAACUUCCCCCCAUCUCACGCCGCAUUCGACUCUAACGCGCCCGCGGCCCCGUCCGCGCACCCUUUCGCUCUCUCCGCCACCGCCGCCGCCUCCGCCGCAGAAAGCGCGCCCACACAGAUAGACUUCUUCAAGGCGCGGGAAGACACGGAUGCGCUGCCCGGGGCAGAAGAAACUUCUGACGGGCCGUCAUUGAGCGAUCUGGGAGAGGAUCUCCUGUUGAAGAUUCUGCAGGAGGGGCAGCCGACGGCAUGGGAUCUGUGCCGCUACGCGUGCGUGAACUCCACGUGGCGGAAGCUGUGCUACAGCCGGGUGUUCUGGACGAAGCUCCGCAUCGGUCCGGGCAGCAUGCACGCGGGCGUCGAGCAAUUAGCGCCGCGUUGCGCGCAGCUGACGGAUUUGUUCAUCGACGACCCGCGCUGCGAGCUGCACGUGCUGCACCCGAUUAUAGUCUCGUGCGGCGAGUCGCUUCGCCACGUGGUUAUCGACUGCGAUCAGGACAGCACGAGCCGGAACGAAGCGUCCAUUUGCAGUAUUCUAUGGAUAAUUUCGCUCUAUUGCAAGCAGGUUCAGAGCAUCGAGCUGACGUCAGCGGGGGUAGAGACGUCGUUCGGGGCUCUUGAAACGCGGUGCAUGUGGUAUCUCACUUCGGGCUUCCGAAACGUGCGACAUUUCGCGAGCCUUUCGCGAAACAGCGUUACGAAGCAGGCGAUUUACCUCAUGGUGAUCGCGUGGAGGGACCUGACGUGCCUGCGAAUUCACAACGGCGGGCUCGAGGUCGACGAUCUUUUCGCCCUUCGCAAAUGCGCGGGCUUGCGACUGCUUGAGCUCUUCGGCGGAUCGAUUCAAACCCCUGGCGCUCUCGCGAACAGCUGCCCUUUCGCAGCAGCGUCGGGCGCAACGGUUUUCCAUCGCGAGCUGGAAGUUUUGGUUCUGACCGACGUAGAUUUCGACGCGGGGGCGAUUGCGACAAUCGCGCUCCACUGCCCGAAGCUGCGAAAGAUUAUUGUGAAGGGCGUGUGCUGCCACGCGUGCGGAAGCAAGAUUGCGCGCGGCGGUCCCGAGGGCGAGAAAGCUGCGGAGGCUGCGACCGCCUGUGCGAAACAGAAGGUCGCGCUGCUGCGACAAAUAUUGUCCCUGGCCGACAGGUUGGAAGUUUUGAUGCAAUGA